AUGUACUCGCUCUACGAACCAGGCCCCCCCGUGUUGACGGAGGCGGUCCCUUUGGAGGUGCUGGAUAUCACGCUGAAGCUCGUUAAAGAACGCGAGAUCCACGACCGCCUCAAUACCAAGAUCGAGCGUAUGCGCUUCCACCAGGACCUGGCGUACACGCUGGAAGACCUGGACAGCAGCGCCCCCAGCGCCGACGACGAAGACGCGGCGGCGAAAAUCAUCUUCAUGCUUGUGGGAUUACCGGCGCUGGGCAAGCUGACGAUCUGCAAGCAGCUCAACCGCUACUUCAACAAGCACCAUUUUACUCUGGGGAUCUACAACGCCGGCGACGUCCGCCGCCAGCUCGUGUCGUUUGAGAACUCCGAUUUUUUCGAUCCUAACAACGCUGCUGGCCAACGUGAGCGGGAACACUUUGCCGACAUCACCGUGAACAACUUGGUGCGCGAUCUCAAUAGCGGCGACAUCCAGAUCGGGUUUUUGGACGCCACCAACACCACGAUCAUGCGCCGCAAGCGCAUGGUCCACAAGCUCGUCGACGAAGUGGACAACCCCAAGAUCGUCGUGAUGAACAUCCAGUGCAACCAGCCGGAGUUGGUCAAUUUCAACAUCGCGUGCAAGACGAAGAAUGCCGAUUACGCUGAGCGUGACUACGAGGAGGCCAUCAACGACUUCAAGCAGCGGUCGCUCCACUACAUCCACAUGUACGAGCCCAUCACUCCCCGCGAGUUGGUCAACUACCCCAUCGACUUGUACAUCGACUACCAGAACGGCGGCGAGGUGUUUGACCUCAACCGGUUCGACCACCUCAACCCGAAAUUUAUGGCGUUGAUGACGAAGUUUAAGGACAGCUACGAGGAGAAAUUUGGCCGCGAAUACUUGAAGCGCGUGAACAGCUUCAACAACUUUAUUAAGAAUUUGGCGUAA